AUGAUCGACAGAAGCGCGGCAGGCGAGUCGGACUGUGCGGUGGUGCACGACGGCGGUGGAGCGGAAUCGGACCUUGCCGGCGGCUCGGAGACGGCUGGUAAGGGGAAAAACAGCAAGUUGCUGCCAAAUUCGUUGCGGAUAAUUUCGUCUUGUAUCAGGACGGUGUCGACGAACGCUAGCACCGCCGUGCGCUCUGCUAGUGCGUCGGUCGCCGCCUCCAUUUCAUCCUCCGGAGACGAUCGGAAAGAGCAGGUAUUAUGGGCUGGCUUUGACAAAGUAGAGCUUGGUUCAUCUGCCUUCAGGCGUGUCCUAUUACUUGGUUAUCUAAAGGGUUUCCAGGUCUUUGAUGUUGAGGAUGCUUCUGGUUUAAGUGAACUCGUGUCCAGACGUGAUGGACCAGUUACAUUCUUACAGAUGCUUCCAUCUCCAGCAGAUUGUGAUGGUUCUAGAAAGUACAAAUUGCCAUAUCCUAUACUGGUGGUGAUUGGAGGGAACGAGGACGAAAGAAUCACCUCGUUCCAAUAUACUGGCCAAGGGCCUGCUAGAUAUUCACCAGAGUCAUCAAGUGGGAAUUUUUUGGAUCCCCCUCUUUCUGUUCGAUUUUACUCGAUGAGAACAAACGAAUAUGUAAAGGUUAUUGAUUUCAAGUCACCAGUGCUUAUGGUUAGAUGCAGCCCUCGAGUAGUGGCUAUUGGUCUUGAAGAACAACAGAUUUACUGCUUCGAUACCCUUACUCUUGAGAAAAAGUUCAUCGUUGUGACCUAUCCUGUGCCUCGUGUCGGAGAUCAAGGUGGAUUUGGAAUCAACACAGGUUAUGGUCCUAUGGCUGUGGGAUCGAGGUGGCUGGCAUAUCCUCCUAAUCGUCCAUUUCUGUUAAACACGGGUCGGGUGAGCCCGAAGACCCUUGCCUCUAGUGUUAGCCCGUCAACAUCCCCAGGCAGUAGCUCAGUGAUGGCUCGGUAUGCCGUUGAAUCCAGCAGAAACUUAGCAGCUGGGUUACUGACGCUGGGGGACAUAGGAUACAAGAAAUUAUCAAAGUACUAUCCGGAGUUGCUUCCUGACAGUCCUAGCUCUCCCGGAUGGAAAGCUGGGAAGCUAGCAGCAUCUGAACCAGAGAAUGCUGGUGUGAUUGUUGUAAAGGACCUCAUUUCCUUGGAGAUUGUAUCACAAUUCAGGGCUCAUACGAGUCCAAUAUCUGCUCUAUGUUUCGACCCAAGUGGGACCUUGUUGGUUACUGCCUCCAUACAUGGAAAUAACAUAAAUAUAUUCCGUAUCAUGCCGUGUAAUAAAUGCGGUGGGUCUGGCUCUGGUGACUGGAGCACUUCGUAUGUGCAUCUUUACAAGCUCUAUCGUGGUAUAACCAGUGCUGUUAUCCAAGAUAUCUGCUUCAGCCAUUAUAGCCAGUGGAUUGCGAUUGUAUCAACCAGGGGAACUUGCCAUAUCUUUGUUCUGUCCCCCUUUGGUGGUGAUGAUGGCUUUCAAACACUUUAUACUCCUGGCCGGGGUACCUCUCUGUGUCUAGCCUCCACCACACCAUGGUGGUCCACUUCUUCUUUUGCAAUAAACGAGCAACACCCUUUGCCGCCGCCUACUUGCACCCCCUCUGUUGUGAGCAGGAUAAAAUGCAACGACUCUGGUCUGCUUAAUUCAGUGAGCAAUGCUGCAGCUUCAAUGGUGGGUAAGUUGUGGGUCCCGUCUGGAGCCAUUGCUGCAGUUUUCCACAAUACUAACUCAGCUGAUGUUAAGUCCAUCAAGAGCUCAUUGGAACACAUCUUAGUCUAUACUCCAUCAGGCUUUGUGGUUCAGCAUGAAAUUAUGUAUUCUUUAGUGGGGCCUGAACAGACUGAGAGCCAGGGUGAAUACUUGUCGUCGGCCAACCCACAAAGUGAGGAGUUGAGGGUGAAAGUAGAGCCCGUGCAGUGGUGGGAUGUGUGCAGGAGAAUGGAUAAUAUGGAGAGAGAGGAGUGUAUUUCUGGUAGUAUUUUGGAUGUAAAAAUUGAUGCCGAGAUUGAGGACGAGACCAAAAUGGUUUUCGGGGAUAAUUCGAUUUCUGGGGAUAAGAAGUUGGUUAAGAAUAACUCACUGAAGUGCGCUGAUAAGUCACACUGGUACCUGUCAAAUGCUGAAGUGCAGAUCAACUCCUGCAGAUUACCGAUUUGGCAAAAGUCGAAGAUGCAUUUUCAUGUGAUGGAACCUCCUAGUGGUGAGUGUUAUUCCGAUGGGGAGUUUGAGAUUGAGAUGGUUUUUUCGCAUGAAAUUGAGAUGAAGCACAAGGAUUUGUUGCCAAUAUUCGACAACUUCCCUAGAGCAAGAUCUGGCUGGACCGAGCGAUCUAUACCUUCUGAAGGUAAAAAUACUAGUUCAACCAUUAGAUGUCAAGCUCGAGAAAAAACCAACGAAGCCAGUAUUUUAUGUCAUUCAAAGCCACCGUCAUUUAGUUCGACUGAAAGCUCAGAAGGAGGAUCAUCUAGGCAAAUGGAAAAUCUGCUCGACUUGGAUCACAUGAGCAUUGUCAGAUCUCCAGUACGGCCUGUCCAUACCCCGACAGAGUUAAAAGUCACAGCAAGAGACGAGAGCAUAAAUCUCAAAGUUCCCUUAGCCGACCCAAGAUCGAGACCCAUUGCCAUGCCAUUGCCCCCGGAAAACGCUCCCAAUGCAAAAUUCCUCGUUGACAAUGGUGGCAUCAGCAGGUCAUUCUCACCAGAAAACGAACUCCCACCACUAAAUGUUGUCGACAAAACCGACUCUGGUUCGGACGUUCUCAUGCCUUUAGAAACCGAGAAAAGAGAAGUAGAUUUCGCACAGUUUUUCAAGGAAGGGUACUGUAAUAAGCUCGAGUGUGGCGAGUCUGUGAAUGAUGAAAUGAAUGAUACUGGUGGAAGUAAUAAUAGCCAUCGUGAAGAUGACAAAGCCGAAGAGGAAGAAGGGUGGAUUGGCGGCAUGUUUGAUUUCUCUGAAGAAGGUUAG